GAUAAUGUCACUUGUCAAAUUGGUAAAGGUUCUUCAAAGGUUUUUUAUCAAGGGGUGCUACACAAAAAUACAAAAAUGAGUAGCCAAAUGUCUGCUAUUGAUCUUUUGAAAUUAGGAGAUGAAGGAAGAACAAAACCAUUCUUAAAUCAAUAUUGGCCCUUUAUACUGGGUGUAUCUUUUGGCGUUGGCACUGGAGUCGUUAUGAAUUUCGGGACUCGGCGACCUGUUAUGAGUGGUAUUCAAAAGCAUGCUAUAGCAACAGCUGGAUGGUGUGCUAUACUUCAAUAUUUCACAAAACAAAGAGAAAAUUAUUUAGCUGAAAAAGAGGCAGUACACAGACAUUAUAUUGAAUUACACCCAGAAGAUUUCCCUGUACCAGAGAGGAAGAAAAUCGGUGACAUUUUCGAACCCUGGAUUCCCGUUAGAUAAAUUAGUGUCAAGUAUGUAAUAAAGAGCAAUUAGUCCAGUGUUAUUAUGAUUUUGUUGAAAGUAAUAAAUAAAUAUUAAAACA